AUGUCCGACUCGGAUUGCCUUCCCGACCACCCGCUCAACUCCGAUUUAGUGCAGCGGUUAAAGUCUGCCCUGGACGCUGGGGACGAGGAGAGCGUGGCAGACUUGAUCUGCACCGGGGUCGGACACGUGGACGCCGUGAUAGAGCUGUCCAACGACGACUGGAUGAAGGACCCUUCGGCUCAGCUGUCCGCCGGGGUGCUCCUGGGGGACCUGGACCAUCUUCAGGUCCUCAUGGACCAGUUCUUUCAGGAUGCCAAUGUGGUGUUUGAGAUCAGUAAGGAUGAGAUGGAGUGGCAGGUGAAAUCCCCGGCCACUUUUGGACUGUCAGGCCUCUGGACCCUGGAGUACAAGCGCGAGCUCACCACGCCCCUGUGCAUCGCGGCGGCCCGCGGCCACACGGCCUGCGUGCGCCACCUGCUCGGCCGCGGCGCCAACCCCGACGCCAGCCCCGGCGGCCGCGGCGCCCUGCACGAGGCCUGCCUGGGGGGCCACACGGCCUGCGCCCGGCUGCUGCUGCAGCACCGCGCCGACCCCGACCUGCUCGGCGCCGACGGCCUGGCGCCCCUGCACCUCUGCGGCACGGCCGCCUCGCUCGGGUGCGCGCAGGCGCUGCUGGAGCACGGCGCCUCGGUGCACCUCGCCGCCGGCGCCGCCCGGGACACGCCGCUGCACGUGGCGGCGCAGCGCGGCCUGGACGAGCACGCGCGCCUCUACCUGGGCCGCGGCGCGCGCGUGGACGCGAGGAACGGGCGCGGCGAGACGGCGCUGAGCGCGGCGUGCGGGGCGGCGCGGCGGCCCGACGAGCACGCGCGCUGCCUGCGCCUGUGCGCGCUGCUGCUGCGGCACGGGGCGGCGGCGGACGCGCGCGACGAGGACGAGCGCAGCCCGCUGCACAAGGCCUGCGGCCGCGCGCGCCACGACCUGGCGCGCCUCCUGCUGCGGCACGGCGCGGACGCGGGCGCCCUCGACUACGGCGGCGCGUCGCCGCUGGCCCGCGUGCUGCAGAUGGCCGCCUGCGCGCCCCAGGCCGCGCCGCAGCGCUCGGUGCAGGCGCUGCUCAACCACGGGUCGCCCACCGUGUGGCCCGACGCCUUCCCCAAGGUGCUGAAGAGCUGUGCGUCGGCCCCUGAGGUCAUCGAGGUGCUUUUCAACUCCUACUCUCAGCUCCGCGUGUCCGAGUCCUGGAAGGAGGUGAUUCCGGAGGAGGUGUUUCAGAUGCAUCUGACUUUCUACCAGUCGCUCUUUGCCUCCGCCCACCCCCCACGCUGUCUGCAGCACCUCUGUCGCUGUACCAUCCGGAAACUGUUUGGCAAAAAGUGUUUUUGCCUCGUGCCCCUGUUACCCUUGCCAAAAUCUCUGCAGAAUUACCUCCUCUUGGAGCCAGAGGGUGUUUUGCACUGAAAAUGAGAGCCUCCUGUUUUCAACGUCGUCUUUACCUUGAAGCUGCCGGAUCCUGCAGCCUCAGGGUCGCCUCCAAAUGUAAUUUGUAAUAAAGGUUCUUUCUACCUCUCUGGGUUGCUUGCAGGGAAGAAAGGAAAUUGCAGGUAUCAGACCAUCAUAAAGUACCUUUCGAUGGCUACUGAACUAAAAGGUAUAUUUAUUUUUCCGAGUUGUGUCUCCGCCCCCAGUGAGUUAGCAACAUACAUGCUGCCAGCCCAGUCUGCAGCCCCCUGCCCCACAGGAAAGGCCUCCACCUCUCUGGGGCCUGGCCACCGGAGAGGCUUGUCCCCAGAGCGUGACAGCUGCCUGUGCCGAGAGGGGCCACGUGCUUCCAUAACGAGGGCCUUCCCAAGCACCUGCUGGUGCUUCUGGCCCAAAAUAGUCCGGAAUUCCCUAGAAGGACAUUGGAGGGGUGGCGAGCCAGACAUUUGGAGCCUGAAGUCAUCUUCUCUGUGACGCACUCACCAGUCCCCAGUUGACCCAGCUCCAGGUCACAGUCCAGGGAGCCGGAAGCCAGGAUUAGACACCGCUGCUAGAGGUCCCUAGGGGCACGGUCAGCUUGGCCUGGCCACCACAUGGCAAGAGAGAUGUCCUAAAGGUCAGGACGCUCUAUGGUCUUCCCCCAAGGACACGCGCUGGCCCCCUCUUUCCCAGGCACAGCUGAGUGCCGGGUGCUUCUGGGCCGAACCUCCGAGUCAAGGGAGGCAACCGCAGGAGUUCCAGCUCCAGCAAAGUGCUGCAGUAUAUGGUGGCCUGCUGGGUCCAGGGGCGUGGGAAGGAGGGCAGGUGGGUCCCCCAGCAUGGUGAGCCUCAGGAAGGAGGGGGCCAGGCUAAGCCUUGGUGGGUGGUCAGAUUUCUGCCCACAGAGCGAUUUGACAGCACCCCCAGCUCCUUCGGCUGACCCACCACCACAUCCUGCCCUUGGCAAUGGACAACUGACCUGUCCUACAGAGAGCAACGUGGCACGGCCCCAGGGCCCCCUGACACCCCUCCAAGCAGAUGUCUUCCCUCCUGAAUAGACAUCUGGAGUCACUUCUGAACUAAAAGGAAAACGCAUACAAAGGCAGAAAGGUACAGCAAGGGAGGGCAGGAGGCAGAGCAUCCUCGGGGCAGCCGGAAGGAGGCAAGGCAGUGGAGGGGUGCGGAUGGGGCGGCCUUGGCCUCCAGACCAAGGAUUCCGAAUGUCGUUCCACAGGCUGGGAGGAGCCGCAAGGCGGGUGAGCAGAUGCAGCCUGGGGUCUGCAGGGGGAUGACUGUCCUGGACAGUGGGGAUGUCCUGGGGUCGGGCUUCGGCACCCAGCUCCGGAAGCAGGCGGGACUUCGGGUCACUGAGCAGCGGGGCGGCAGUGGGAGAGUUCCUUCACUCAAAUCAGCUGCGGCUUGCUUCUCUGUAGAGGGGAAGCAUCCGGGCCCGUCUCAGGGUUGGGGUUCCGUGAGAAAAUGGAUGUGAAGCAGGGUUCCCCGACGCCAAGGGGAUCUUGUUGACAGGCGGAGUGUGACCUGGAGCUCUGGGCUGGGCCCGGGGUUGUGUAUUUCCAAUGAGGCCAAACUGAAUUAGGGGGAGCGUUUACACUCUGCACUGGGAUCCAUAUAAGCAAAGGAAAUUUGGACACGCCACUAGAAAUCACAGGAGGAGACAGAAGGGGACAGACGACCCUGUGACAGAGGCAGAGACGCAUGGCCUGCAAGCUACCAGCUCAUGGACUUCAGGGAUGGCACAGCCGACGAUACCUGGAUUUGGGACUUCUAGCCUCCAGACUGUGAGCCAAUAAAUUCCUGUUGUUUAAGCCAAAAUAAUAAUAAUUAAUUAAUUAAAAUGACCAAAAUUGUUUCCAAUUUUUUUUUCCAAAUACCAGCUUAAAAGCAACAACACGAAUCUCACGUCUCCCCAUUACAACCCAAAAUGCCCCUACUUUGAAGGAAUUCUUUCUUUUCCAUCAAUUUCACCCCUAAGGAAUUUCUUUUAAAAUGGAGUUGCUCCUAGGAAGAGCUGUUACACGGAGUUCCUCUGGGAUGACUCAUUCACGCAUCCAUCAGUCCUUUGCGCCUUCAUUUAGCCGAGCCUAUGGGAGCCAGCCGGCGGCCCGAGCUGAGGACCCAUCCUUGAACAGGACAGACCAGAGCCCAGAGCCAAGCGAAGAAGGACGGAUUGUCAGAAGGACACGGUUGCUGGGCAGGCUGGGGCACAUCCCAGGAGACAUGGAGAGGGACAGUUUCCCCUCUUGGCUGUUCUCUCCCCGACUGCCCCUGCGUGGAAAGAGGACUGCUGUGUCCCCACGGCAGUGGCAUUUUGCACACUGGGCAGCUUCUGCUGUCACUCGCCCUGGGUCCUGCGGGCACUCGGGAGAGCUCUGUGAUGCGCGCCCUCCACCCUACACUGGUCCAGCCAGUACCGUGUCUAGCUGUAUUGAAUUAUAGUGUCCUCCAGCCUACCACUCUUGGUCCACACGGACCCGUGAGCAGCACUAACGUAACAAUGAACAGAAUCUCCUAAGAUGUCAAGAGUCCCUUCUCCUGCCCCCCAACUUGCCAGGGACAUCAAGUCUGCAAAAGAAUUACUGGGGAAUAAACCAGCACUGGAAAUUAAUUUGGAAUCACCUUGGGUCUAAUGCCUGUUGAGAUGUGCUAAAUACUGUUCCUGAAUCGGAGCCAAGACUGCAUGGGGCACAAAUGGUAGAGUUGUUGUUUGGGGGGAUCUUAAUCAUCAAAUUGUAUAGAUUGCAGAAUAAUUGCUAAUGCAGCCAAAAAAAAUUAACUGAUAUACAGAAUUUGUUGUGUGUUCUUCCUUGCUCUAUGCUACUUGUCUCAGGAAGUUCUAAAGUUAAGAGAUUUGAAUAAUUCCACAUAGAGGAGGAGGAGGAGAAGAAAGAGACAGAAGAGGAGGACAAGACAAAGAGAAAAGAGUGAAAGAGGUAGAGGAGCAGGGAGGAAGGAGGAAGGAGGGAGGGAAGGAAGUAAGUUAGUUGAGAUAAACAUCCUGAAAUCCAUUCUACUUUGAAGCUAGAAUGAUCCUGGCUUACUUUUUUCCCAGGAAAUACCUACAACUAAAUGCCAAUAUCCUGGUAUUUUGGGUUAAAGUAUCUGAAAAUUGUUCCUUUUUUAAUAGUUCAUAUUGAACAUCCUUAUUUUUCUCUUUUAGUAUACUACAUAAACUCAAGUCCAAAAGACCUAACAUUUUUACAUGAAAUUUAUUUAUUUUUUAAUGACGCAUUCAUACGAUUCGAAAUUCAGAAGGUAACAGGAGGGUCGAUGAUAUCUUUACCUGCUAUUUCUAUUUUUUAAAAAAAGAAAGAAGGAUAUUUUCCCCAAACUUUUGUUGCAUAUCUCUGACUAUUACUUGUUAUCUGACCACAAAGAAUUUUUAAAUGCACAAGUGAAGUUCUCCACCAUUACUGGGCCCCCAGACACAACCCACAGUCCAGGGGCAAUUAGCACACAGGCGUGGGUGUGAGGUUUUAUGUGUGUGUUUAAAAUGCUGAAUGCAUCAUUGUGCUGAUCUUUUUAGCAUGUUUGUCUCAGUUUAAUUUUAAGUUACUUGAUAAUCAUCAAUUCAGGAUAUUUUGAAGAAAAUCAAAACUAAUGACUCUUUUAGUCUAAGAAACAUUUGCUAUUUCCAGGAACUGUAUUACAAUCAUCACAUCUCCAGUCUCUGAACUAACCCUUUAAAUACACGUGUUCAUGGGGCAGGCUGUUGAACUUUUGCAAAGAACACUUAACCCUCCAAGGAAAUGGUGUAAAACACAGAUUUGGCAAAUGAGCUGGUCCGCUCCAGUGACCCGGCCUCCUUGGCUUUUUAAGAGGUCUAAUCACUGCAGUUGCGGAUGUGAUCAGCUCACCAAGUGCUUUUCAUCUUUUAAGGGCUUCCUGCAGACCAAGUGAUAAACCAGGAAUGCUGCAUCUUUUAUUCCAUUAUUUCAAGGGCAGUCAAGUUUUCUACAUGCAGUUGGGAUAUUCAGAAGCCCCAAAGUUUUAACUAUAGCCAAUACAAUAUUUUGUUUCUGGAUUUAAGUAUUAGUUUGGGAAAAUCAAAGUACUUUUCCAACUCCAGUACUUGCCUUGAAAUUAUUAACAUCUUCGCAUUUUAAAGUAAGAAUUAAUUUCAUUAAAUUGCUAAAAUAGGCCUGAGGUAAAUUCCAAGCUCCCACCAUAGAUUGCACAGGCUGUGAAAUGCAUUUUCAUAGAAUCCUGCAGGUGGCGCCAUAAGCAAACUUGUCUUCCGGGGGUCCAUCCACCUACUCUCCCCAGAAUUAAAGAGAGGAUGGAAAACAGGAAGAAAGAUUUUAGCUCCCAUGAUAAAGGAAGGGGAGGAGAGCGUAGGAAAAUGACAUCUCCAUAAAGCAGCAUAUAGAAUCGUGCUGCUAAAAUAAAAAAAAUCAGUAAUUAAAAUAUUGAUUAUGGAAUUGACUACAUCCUCUCUAUUAAAUAAGCACAUUUUAUAGGCAAUAUGUUCAUAAAUAAAUACAAUUUUAAGUGGACUCUUUUAUGAUGCCAUAAUGACAACCCAAUCCUCAUUUGUGUGUUAAACAUGUUCCUUAACAAAAUUAUACAAUGUAACUAGCUGGAUUUUUCAGCCUUCAUCUAAUCUUCUGCAGUCCUAACACUCUUUGCUUAAUCACUCCAAUAAAAAGAGUAGAUUUCUUUGUAAUGCAAUUUGUAAGCA